CGAAGUGAGAGAGAGAGAGAGAGAGAGUUAGAGAGAGAGAAAGCUGUCUGUCUGUAAUGACUUUCACCCAUCAAAGCUGAAAGCUCUUCCUUCUUCUUCUUCUCCUGCUGCUACUGCCAUAGGUGAGAUAAUAAGAGUUUGAGAAAGAGAGAUCCAAUGGAGUACGAGAGAAUUCACAAAGUGCAGACCGGCAUGAUUUCCCCAAGCAAACUGAGAAUGAAGCUCAUGGGGGCGCACCACCUUAGGAAGAAAGAUGGAUCCAACAGUAACUCCUCAAGAACUUCUCCCGCCAAGCUUGCUGAUGCUGAUUUUGUCAAGAACAGCUUGUUAGACACCACAACUGGAGAUGAAGAAGUUACAUCUCCAAGCUUAGAAGUUCCAUCUAUGAACUUCACUGUUGCGCCAACAUUGGGGGCAAGACAAAGUGACCAGACUUCUGACCAGCUAAAGGAGUCUUUCCCAGAAGAAAAUGGCGAGGCUGGUCGAGUUAGAACCCAGCAAUGUUCGAAGGGUGACAGCAGCAAUUCAAGCACGGUUCAUCCUCUGAGAACAUUGGAAGAUGACAAUCUCGACUAUGACAGUAAUGCUAGUUCUUCUAGCUUUGAGUUUCAUAAGGGGGAAAGAUCAGGACACAAUCCCAUUUCAAGGUCAAUCUCAAGACCUAUGCCAUCCAAGUGGAAUGAUGCUGAGAAAUGGAUAAUGAACAGGCAGAAUGUACAAGCUAAUCAUCAUCAUCAUCAUAAAAGGAAUGCUUUACAAAACCAAACAAAUAGGAUGCCAAAUACAAAUAUGGUGAGAGUUGCUCCAGAGUCUGGUAAUUGUGAUAUCAAAUUAUUAUUUAGCAGAAUGGCAGACACCAAGAGGGUUGAUUUCUGUCAAACAGCCUCGCAGUUUGGACUCGACAAGUUCUCAUUUGUUUCUUCUGGAAGUCACCCCAUUUCGGGUCAAGCUUUGAUUGAUCAAUCUACUCAAAGUAAGGAUUUAAAAGAAUUGGGGGAGUUAACUUGCCCAAAAAGUUCAUCAGAUGAGACUACAGGGAUUCCUGCCAUUAGAUCAGUCUCAAUGAGAGACAUGGGAACUGAAAUGACACCUGGUACAAGUCUUGAACCUUCAAGGACUGCUACUCCUGUUGGAGCAACUACCCCAAUCCGCAGUCCAGCUUCCUCAAUGCCAUCAACUCCUCGAGGAGGUGCACCAGCUUCAACUCCGAUGGAGCUUGCCCAUGAUAGGGAAUCACAUCUAACUGAAAACAAUAGGAAAGAAUUGUCAGAAGAAGAAUUGAAGCUUAAGACUAGAAGAGAGAUUGUGGCACUAGGUGUCCAGCUUGGCAAGACGAAUAUCGCUGCUUGGGCGAGUAAAGAUGAGCAAGAAAGACAAAGAUCUUGUGCUGAAAAGACCAAGGCAGAGGAGCUAGUUCGUAUAGAAAAUGAAAGGCGAGCUUCUGCCUGGGAAGAAGCUGAAAAAUCUAGACAUUUUGCAAGAUUUAAACGCGAGGAAAUCAAAAUCCAAGCAUGGGAAAGUCAGCAGAAGGCAAAAUUAGACGCCGAGUUGCGGCGAAUAGAGGCUCAAGUGGAGCAAAUGAGAGCCCAGGCUCAAGCAAAGAUGGUGCAAAAAACUGCGCUGACAAGGCAAAGAUCAGAAGAAAAACGAGCAUCAGCCGAAGCCAGAAAGAACCGGGACGCAGAAAAAACUGCAGCCCAAGCCGAAUACAUACGCCAAACAGGAAGAAUGCCAUCUGCUUCUCAAUACAUCUGUUGUGGUUGGUUAAUGUCGUAAAGCCAAGAAUCAAUACUUGAAAAGGGAAAACAGAAAGAACAAAAGAGAGAUAGUAAAAAAAGUGGCCUUUCUUGUUUGUAUUAGGAAGGUCUUUACAAGGUGUGUAGUAAUGGUAAUCAACUUUGUAUGUACCAAGUCAAAUAUUCUGUGUAAAAGUUGUUUACAUAUAGUGAUUUUUUUUGCAGUGGACUACAUUUAGUUCCGAGUUUGAAUUGUUCAUAAAAGAAAGAGUUCAAAGUAGUAGAAUCUGUUUGAGUAAGAGCAAGAAAAUUGCUCUCAUGUAUUUAUAUGCUUUUCUUAGUUUGUUUUUUAUUCAUUUGUUAUUAGUUGUAUUCUUUUCUUUCAAGAAAAAAAUAAGCUUUUUAAAA